GUGACCAAUCCUCCCCUCCUCACCCCUCUCCGUUCUCCGCUCUCCUCUUCCCGCGGCGGCCGGAGUCCUCCAACAUCCCGACAGCCCCCGCGCGCGCCGCACUGCGCAUGCGCUGCGUCCACGCCCCCCCUCUCCUUCCCCCGAGACCGCGCAUGCGGGGUUCCCUCAAACAGCCGUAUCUUAAGACUGCGCAUGCGUCGAGCAGCUGCGCAUGCGCAAUGUCCGCGCGGGCUUGGCUCCGCUUUUGUGUGCGCAUGCGCCGCGGAGUUACGGGCGGGUUUCUCCUAUGUACGCAUGCGCAGUGCUGGAAAGGGCAGGAUCCGCUGAGACUGCGCAUGAGCACAUUUGGCAGCGACUGUUUCCCCAGUGCGCAUGCGCGUAAUCGGCUGCGCGGUGAAGCCGCACGUGGAGUUCAAAAGACGCCGUCGCCGUGGAAACAGCGCAUGCUCAUUGAUAUCCCCGGGGCGCGAUCUCCGUCCGCUCAUGCGCAGUACGUCGGCAUGGAGCCGGCGCAUGCGUAAAUCAGCCGGCGAGAGGGCGCCGUAGCGGACUGCGCGUGCGCCACGCAGCGCCGCGCGCUCUUUUUCCCCCCGCCACGCGCCUGUAUGACGUCAUCUCCCCGCGACAAAGAGUCUCGACAAAAUGGCGGCGCCCAGCGAGGAGGAUCCGGAGGCGGCGGAACGGGGCUGUGUGUCCCCCGCGGGGCCCCGGCGCGCCCGGCAGCUGCUUCAUAUGAGCGUUCUGUCUCAGAGCCCUUCCCCGUGCGGGCGGUAUUUGGCGGCGGGGAAUAACUACGGCGAAGUGGCGAUUUUCGGGCUGGCGGCCGCGCUGGGAGCCGGGGCAACUGAGGAGAGCAAAAAGCCGCUGUUCUGCUUCCGGGCACACCGAGGCCCAGUGUACGCCUUGGCUUGUGGGGAGAAGCAGCUGCUGAGCGCCAGCGAUGGGGAAAUCCGGGCUUGGAACUGGGCUGACCUGGCCAAGAAGGGCUGCAAAGAGGUGUGGACCAGGAGACCCCCGUGCAGGUGAGACCCCAAAGUGUGACCCCAAUUUGUGACCCCAAACGACCCCAAUUUGUG